GAGGCCGGGGCGCGGGCGGAGGCUUUUUUCAGGCAGUGCGCCGAAGAACGUCGUUGAGCACGCACGCUCGUGUAACUGUAAUUUUUGGUUUAGUUUUUUUUUUCGUUGGUUUGUUUGUUUUGUGCCAGUGUUUUUUCCGAGAUUAGUUUUUAAGCAGACAAAAGCGAUGUCUUUCGACCCGGCCCCGCUGUCGAAGACGGCCAAGUACAAGAAGAUCACAAAACCCCUGCUGGAGCGCAAGCGGCGCGCGCGCAUCAACCGCUGCCUCGACGAGCUCAAGGACCUCAUGGUUGGCGCUUUGGAGAUCGAUGACGACAACCUGAGCAAGCUGGAGAAGGCAGACAUCCUUGAGCUAACUGUUAACCACUUGACCAAGUUGCACAGUCCGAAAGAUCCAGUUGUUGAAGCCAAGAAGUUCCAGGCGGGCUUCGGACAAUGCGCCGCCGAGGCGUGCCGCUUCAUCAUGUCAGUUCCGGACUUAGACGAGGACGUUAGCCAGAAUCUGAUAAGUCACCUGUCACGGCUAGUAACAGUCCAGCCUCUCACCAUUCAAGUUCCAGAACGCCCACACUUCUCCCCACCCCACUCCCCGUCAUCUAUAGUCUCUGACCGCCAGCAUUACUACAGUGACCACGACAGAUCCUCGUCUGACGCAGAAGACUCCGCUUACUCCGGAGAAGGAGGUUCGCGGCAAUGGCCUCCAGUGAAACCCAACAUUCCUAGCGGAUCACCACCGAAGUCGAUGCCACCCAUUGCCGGGUUGCUAACCACCGUCGACAAACUAGCUCCACAAGUCCCACAAUACGGCUCGGGAGAAUACUUCGCAACCAAAGCGCAAAGGAACGCAGCGUACUUCAACAGAGUUCCCGCAGAGGCUAAAGAUGCGAUACUUAAGAAGAUCCGUCAGCACAUCAUGGACAAACGUGGGAACGAUGGCAAUGGACCCUACGAAGCGAACAUUCCCGCAGACUUGUCGACGGAGAGCAAGUAUACUCACAAGGAGGAAGUGUUCAGAAAUGAGCUUCCUUACCCCUAUUCAGCACUUAACCUGCCCGGUAAUGGUGAUACUUUGGAUCUUCGAAAAGUGAGGUCACCAGCGAAGGUGUCACCAGACCGUUGUGUGGCUGAGCGUCCUCGGACCAGCCCUGUGGAGAUCGUUCCUGUGGACAAAGUGGUCCCCCCACCGUCACCUCCCGAGCAGCUGCCGAUGGACUACAGCAACCUUCCUCCCAAAAAGAAGAGGAAACUGAUUGAGUACCAGGAGAACAAAAGGCAAGAGGAGGCGAAACGUCUGCACGAGGCUAUGCGGCAAGAGUUCCUCAGGGAGGGCAAUUGCUCGGAAGACGACGCUUCCAAGUGGCGCCCAUGGUGAGAUGGACAUCCAUUUCGUCACCCGCUUUUGUGAUAUACAUCAAGUCUCUUCCAUGAAAAAGCUUUAAUUAGUCCUAAUUUAUAUUAUAAUGUUAUAGUUUUUAUUGAUUGUUUAACAUUUACUAAUUAUUAACUAUUCGACAUGUGCCUUUACGUAAAUUAAGUUUUGAUUAGUAAAUUUAAGUUAUACCUACGUAUGUACUUACAUCCUAUAAAUUGUUAAGUGCCAUUGUUUGAUCUCCAUGUCUUCCAGUAUUUAAACUCAAUGUCACUGAAUUUAAUGCAUAAAAUGGACAACAUGCUAUUUUUAUGAUAUUUCAUAAAUAAAUGAACUGAAAUUAAAUUUA